AUGAGAAACCAUACAACAGUAGCAAACUUUAUUCUUCUUGGACUGACAGAUGAUCCACAAUUACAGGUGAUUAUUUUUCUUCUCCUUUUUUUCACCUACAUGUUGAGCGUCACUGGGAAUCUAACCAUCAUCACCCUCACUCUACUGGAUUUGCAUCUCAAGACACCCAUGUAUUUCUUCCUCCGAAAUUUCUCAUUUUUAGAAGUCUCGUUCACAACUGUCUGUAUUCCCAAAUUUCUUGUUAGUAUGGCAACAGGUGAUAAGACCAUUUCUUACAACGAUUGUGCAGCACAACUGUUUUUCACUAUUCUCUUUGGGGCAACUGAAUUUUUUCUUCUGGCUGCCAUGUCCUUUGACCGCUAUGUGGCCAUCUGCAAACCCCUGCAUUACACCACCAUCAUGAGCAGCAGAGUUUGCAACUUGCUAGUCUUUGCUUCAUGGAUGGCUGGCUUCCUAAUAAUUUUUCCACCACUCCUGAUGGGUCUCCAGCUUGAUUUCUGCGCAGCCAACACUGUAGAUCAUUUCUUCUGUGAUGUUUCUCCUGUACUGCAGCUCUCUUGCACAGACACCAACGUAAUAGAAUUAAUGAUGCUUCUCUCAGCCAUUUUGACGCUCCUGGUUACACUGGUAUUAGUGAUUCUCUCCUACACAAAUAUUUUCAGGACUGUUCUGAAAAUACCUUCUUCUCAACAGAGAAAAAAAGCAUUUUCUACAUGUUCUUCUCACAUGGUGGUCGUGUCC